GGGGAGGAGGAGGACUGAGAGAGGGAUACUGUCCUCCUGUGCCGACAGCUCCUCUGUUCAGCGUGAAUUAACAGUGGACUGUUUAGGAUAUUUCGUUUGUCUCUCUAACAACUCAUUGCGAAGAGGACUCGUCCCACGGUUAGCUUGUUAGUUAACUUACUCCGGCUACAUGGCCAGCUAGCACAAUACAGCUAACUACCGUUAGCUUGUGCUUUCAGUUCACCGUCAGCCGGCGAAGUGAAGAGCCGAGGAGGGGAAUGGCAAGAGUUUACACGGACAACCCUUUCAGAAGAUACAACGACUAACCAGACUAAACCAACCCAGAUUUAUUUAUUUAACCGAUUCACCGGUUGUUGGUGUUACUGUAAUCCCCAUCAUGGUGCAGAAGUAUCAGUCGCCUGUGCGGGUGUACAAGCAUCCCUUCGAGCUGGUGAUGGCGGCCUAUGAGCGCCGGUUCCCCACCUGUCACCUUAUCCCCAUGUUUGUGGCGAGUGACGUGGUGGAUGAGGAGACCAGUGAGGACGGUUCCACCCAAAGGGUUGAGCGCCGCUGUGCCCUGGAUGUUGACGCCCCGCGCCUGCUCAAAAGGAUUGCAGGUGUGGACUAUGUCUACUUCAUCCAGAAAAACACGCUGAACCGAAAGGAGAGGACACUUCACAUCGAGUCCCAUAAUGAGACCUUCUCCAACAGGGUCAUCAUCCAUGAGACCUGCUGCUAUUCGGUUCACCCGGAAAAUGAGGACUGGACGUGUUUUGAGCAGACCGCCAGCCUGGACAUCAAAUCCUUCUUUGGCUUUGAGAGCACUGUGGAAAAGAUUGCUAUGAAACAGUAUGCCAGCAGUAUCAAAAAGGGAAAAGAAAUCAUUGAGUUCUACCUGAAGGAGCUAGAAGAUGAAGGGAUGACUCAUGUGCCACGCUGGACUCCCUCCUCCCUUCCCCUGCCUCUUCCCAGGCCAACCAGCCUCUCCACCAGCCCACCACUUGUCCCCAAACUCACAGUCACACCCGCCGUUUCUAUCCCUCUGGCCACCGACGCCAAUGACAGCACCUCUCAGGACACAAAGCAGGACAGCAGCGCACUUCAGGCAGACAGCCUCACAGAGAUCCUGGCUGGUACACCUGAAGAUAAGUUGGAUGCAGACUAUAUCAAACGUUACCUAGGCGACCUGACCCCCCUGCAGGAGAGCUGUCUAAUCAGACUUCGCAAAUGGUUGCAGGAGACGCACAAGGGAAAGAUCCCCAAGGAUGAGCACAUACUGCGUUUCUUGCGCGCCAGGGACUUCAACAUGGACAAGGCGCGGGAGAUCCUUUGCCAGUCGCUGACCUGGAGGAAGCAGCACCAGGUGGACUACCUGCUGGAGACCUGGAGCUCACCACAGGUUCUCCAGGACUACUACACUGGAGGCUGGCACCACCAUGACAGAGAUGGCCGUCCUUUGUACAUCCUGAGGUUGGGCCAGAUGGACACCAAAGGACUGGUCCGCGCUCUUGGAGAGGAAUCUCUGCUGAGACACGUGCUUUCUAUUAAUGAGGAGGGUCUGAGACGCUGUGAGGAGAACACCAAGGUGUUUGGUCGACCCAUCAGCUGUUGGACGUGUCUGGUAGAUCUGGAGGGGCUGAACAUGCGUCACCUGUGGCGACCAGGCGUCAAAGCACUGCUGAGGAUCAUUGAGGUUGUGGAAGCCAACUACCCAGAGACGCUGGGACGGCUGCUUAUCUUGAGGGCUCCAAGAGUUUUCCCUGUCCUCUGGACACUGGUGAGUCCGUUCAUUGAUGAAAACACCCGCAAGAAGUUCCUCAUCUAUGCAGGCAAUGACUACCAAGGUCCUGGAGGCCUGGUGGACUACAUAGACAAGGAGAUCAUCCCUGACUUCCUGGGAGGAGAGUGUAUGUGUGAGGUACCAGAAGGCGGCCUGGUUCCCAAGUCGAUGUACCGCACAGCCGAGGAACUGGAGAAUGAAGACGUCCGCCUGUGGACUGAGACCAUCUACCAAAGCGCCAGCGUCUUCAAGGGGGCUCCACACGAGGUUCUGAUUGAGAUCAUUGACGCCUCCUCAGUCAUCACCUGGGACUUUGACAUGUGCAAGGGCGACGUGGUGUUCAACAUCUACCACUCCAAGCGGGCCCCGCAGCCUCCACGGAAAGACGCCAUGGGAGCCCACGGCAUCACAUCCCCAGGAGGCAACAACGUCCAGCUCAUCGACAAGUCCUGGACACUAGGGCAAGAUUACAGCAUGGUGGAGUCCCCGCUUACCUGCAAGGAAGGCGAGAGUGUGCAGGGCUCCCACAUUACGCGGUGGCCAGGCUUCUACAUACUACAGUGGAAGUUCCACAACAUGCCGGCCUGCUCGGCCACCAACCUGCCCCGAGUGGACGACGUGCUGGCCACCCUGCAGGUCUCCUCGCACAAGUGUAAAGUCAUGUACUACACCGAGGUGUUGGGCUCUGAGGACUUCCGGGGUUCGAUGACCAGCCUGGAGUCGAGCCACAGCGGCUUCUCUCAGCUCAGCGCCGCCACCACCUCCUCCAGCCAGUCACAGUCCAGCUCGAUGAUCUCCAGGUAGAAACCGGAAGCUGACUUAAAUCCCCACAGUCCCCCCACCCUCCACUGCCCUUACCUUCAACACCGAAGCCAACUCUCUUCCUUUCCUUCCUCGUCGUCUUUGGAACUCUGUUCCUAUUGCACAGCCAGUCUCUAUGGAACUGAAGCAUGCUUGCACAAACAGAAGACAAAGAAUUAUAAAAAAUCUGAGGCAAAAAGAAAAAACAGAGACUGUGUGUACAAUUUAAAGGGCUGAUUUUUGCACAAAGGUCAUAUAUUUUUCAUGCCUGGCAUCUCUGCUCGGUGACAGUUUGAAUCAGAACAUUAGCAGAAUGUUUGUUUGUGUCGUGUCUCGUGCAGGGGGGAAAGGUUAAAGGUCGGGAGAUGAAUUGCGGUGUCUUCGUGGCACUGGAAGCUGAAAGAAGCAAUAUUCUCAUCCUGGAAGCUACGGGACCGGAUGAAGACACUGGAGGCGCUGUUACAUAUAUGCAUUUACAUCCCCACAUAUAUUCAGCACUGAGACGACGCAUACCUCAAUCUUGUGUGCUCGCUGAAAAACUGGAUGUGCUGUUACAUACAAACACCACCGCACACACACACACACACACACACACACACACACACACACACACACACACACACACACACACACACACACACACACACACACGGACGUUUGACGACAUGCAAAAAUUGACAGUGUUUGCCAUAUUACCAGAGGGGUUUGUUCAAUCUGGUGAAUUGUUUAUAGGUCAAGUGUGUGUGGGCGGGGUACACUCUUAACUAGGCCUGAGUCGAAUAUCACCUGCAAAUAAUUUGGUUUUCAAACCGCAUGGAGCUGCGGAGUGGGCGGAGCUUACUGAAUCAUGACGACGCAGAUGGUGACAGCAAAGUUGCCGGUCGACGGGGAAAAUAACAUUCAGAUGCAUUCCCGUGGCUGUGCGACCUUUUCUGUCAUUCAUGUCGUUGUCUUAUGUGGCGAACCCCACCCGUCUGUCUCACGAGGGCUUUAUCACACCUUGAAGAGCAUUUGAAUAUUCGACCCGGGUCCGACUCUUAGCGAAGUAAUCCGCUAGAAGCAAUAACACGAGUUUGACUUUCUACUGUGCGAAAUAUUUCUAUUUAUCAUUAAGAUGUACGAGGAGGAUCAUGGGUGCUGAUUGCGGAUGACCUUUUCGUCAUAAGUCGUGUGCAGGCAGACAGACGGGCAAACUGAGCCAGUUAAACAGCUAAAUUUUGUGGCACCAACAUUAUCACUUCCUGUCUCGGUUACAAUUUUCUGCUAGGAGAAAAACACAAAUAACUCGCCAGAUUUUCUCCUGGACGGAUUUUAUUUUCUUUGGAACAACCGCAGUUAGUUUGCUUUCCAUGCAGCGUCUGCACCACUAAGGAACUCAAAUCAAAAUCAAGUGGUAAAGGAGAUGCCUUGUCGCUGAUUUGUGAAUGUGCUACUGAUUGGCUAACGCUCGCCAACCAAUGAGAUGCCUGAAUUUGGAGGCUUGUGAUGUAAUUGGGCAGAACUGCCAUCAGUCUCUGCUUCUUUUUCAGAGUGAUGUAGAUUUCCGUGUGCAUUAGGGAUGAAUGUUUAUUAUUAUUAUUUAAUACUUUAUGAUUAUUAUUUGACGGUGCACCAGUAGACAACAUAUUGAUACUGUACAUGUACUAGUGUUGGUUGGAGAUUGUUACUGUUGUUUUUUGGAGAGGAGUACUUGAUGGGGUGAAGCAGUGUGGUGUGUUACUGCAUGCUCAUGUGGUGAUUGGGUUUACAGAUCUAUUAUUUAAAAAUCAAAGUAUAGCCAUUUGAAGAGUCAUUGUGUCAAUAAAUACCAUUUUAGCCUUCGUAAGCAUCACUUAUAAACUUACCUGCUUUUUUCGAGGUCACCACUGUAAUAGAUGAGCGACUGUGAAUCAAAUAUAACAUUUCUAAAUGCAACACAUCCAUGCAACAGUUUUAUAAUACAGUUUAUUUGGUUAAUACUUACUGAUGACUUCCUAUAGAGGGCAGAAUGGUCGCCAUUUCCAAGAGUGGUUGCGUGCAGUUGUCAUAAUUACUGAGUGCAGCUGACAGCAAAAAAAACAAGACUAUAAGACAGAGGCUUUCUCCUUAUAUGUGAAUCAGACUCUUGAAAAUACUGGCCCUGCAGCUUGUUUUUGAUACAUGAAACUGUUUUUAAAAUAUUAAUGAAAGGUCAAGGGUUAACUUGUGGUAACUGUAUGUUAUUAACUGCAAUAAGUGAAAUGUUUUACUGAGAUAAAGGACCUCCUCAGAUUGUGGGCUAUUUAGUGCGUAUGAUGUGUAAAAGAAUGAGUGUUAGAAACGGUGGGGAUAGAAGAUAUGCCUGUGAAAUGUGUUCAAACACCCGCUCGACCCCCGGCGGCAGGCUUGUUUCUCUACUGGGCCUCUUCUCACUUUCUGAAGCAUGUCUAGAACCACACGCCUAACUUUCCUUCACCUGGUUAUUCCUACAUUUCUGCAGUGGUUCGACUGAUGAAACAGGUAACGUUGGUUCCAGACCGAACUACUCUUAUACUUCCUUUUGUCUUUCGUUCUCUCUAUGUACUCUUUGUCACUUGUACUCUCCAGUUUUGCCGUUUUGCUUUCUAACACUUUUCCUUGUGUAUAUAUUAGAAAGCAGAGUGGAGCUUGGUUGAAGCCAUAGGCAUAAAGAAGUGUACUCGGAUCAGAUGUUUUUGUUUCAUUUCCGCUUAAAUUCACUGUUACAAAUACCAGAACACUUCCAUGCUCUGCUGUCUCCUGCCUCUCUGACUUUAGCUCUGUGUGUAAACUUCUCAUCAAGAUCUCAUUGACAAAUGAGGGCUAUAACUGUUUGUCUCGUCUGUUCAACACAUUUGUCUGUCUCUGCUUCCUUUUCUGACAUCGUUACAUAUCUUCUCUUUACCUUAAUGUGAGGAAUUAUGUAAAAAUAUUUGAAUUAAUGAGAUUAUAGCGCCUUUACAUUUUUUUGAAAACAUUAAACUUGAAUUAUGAGAAAAUCA